AUGAGUGAAUUAUUGAAUUAUAUUCUGCACUAUGAGGAUGCAUUUCGAAGAAAUCGUCUUCCCUCAUUGUACUCUGAUUUCACUCUUCAGAAGAAGACAAAUCCCGACGGCUAUGCAGUCAACAUCGCAGCUUGGGAACAGGCGUUGAUCAGAGCCGCCAAGCGUGGAUACACAUCCUCGCGGGGUGUGCGUGUCCAGUCAGGAUCUAUCAAAGACACCAACGACGUGACAGGAAGUCGCAAGAAAACGGAUCACUUGGUUCUUCGCACCGAUGAAUCUCUAUUGCGAGAUCUGGAGCUGGCUGAGUGGGGAAGGCCAGUUGCCUUGGGUGCCGUUUUUGAUGAGGCGAUGAGGAAACGUACCAUGAUACCUUUACCGCUGUACAAGACUAGUGGGUCUAGUCUGCAGAAGGCUCAGUGGAAGCUGAUUGAUCCCGGCGCAUUAAGUCCUUGGAGCGUGAUGAGCGGGGGUGUGCGACAGUUGAAAGGAAUUGUCAUCGGGACCGAUGGCGAGACCGCUCCGAAAAUGCAGGUACAAGAAUUGGUUCUCGUGGAGAAUUUGCAGGUUCGUGCCUUUCCAAGCAAGGUCCUGCCCACAAUACUUUCGGCGCUGACCCCUUCAACCAUCCAGGAAGCUGCAGAGCUGGUUGUGAAAAAGGCGACUGGGAACAGCGCUUCGCCGCUUGAUUUGAUCUACUCCAAGGAGAGCUUCGUUGAAGAAUUCGCCUCAAUCUUGCACGAUGCAACUGAAUUGUCCGACUCUGAUUUUGAUGUUCUUCUGAUUUAUCUGUCUCGCGACAGCAAUGCUAUUGCAUACGAUGGCAAGACUAUAAAGUUUAAGCCGAAGGACAAGACGGCAGAGAUCACGCCACAAGACAAGACCAUUGCUUCCAUCAAGACGCUCGUAUCGACAUUGUCGAAGCAGGUGAAGACCCUCGAAGACAAAGUUACGGAAUUGACGGCAUCUGCGAGGACGGCGUUGGCGAACAAGAAUCGCAUUUCGGCGCUUUCGGCCGUUAAGUCGAAGAAGAUGGUCGAGCAUAAUCUUCAACAACGCCUGAACACGCUGGUCCAGCUGGAGGAAGUGUACGCGAAGAUUGAACAGGCAACCGGUCAGGUUGAAAUUGUGCAGGCCAUGGAAGCCAGCACAGGCGUUCUGCGCGGUUUGCAUGCGCAGAUUGGCGGCGCUGAGCGUGUCGAAGACGUGAUGGAUAAGCUGCGUGAAGAGAUGUCUAAGGUGGAUGAGGUCGGAAGCAUCAUGAAUGAGGCUGGACCCGUCUUCGACGAGAGCGAGAUUGAUGAUGAACUCGAGGCCAUGGAGAAGAGCGACCUCGAGGCAAAGGAAAAGAAGGAAGCCGAAGCUAUACAGAAGAGGUUGGCCGAGUUGGAUAGUCUCAAGCAGGCUUCAGACGACGCGGCACGCGAGUCGCAAACUGCGAAAAAUGUGGACAGUCAAUUGGCUCAGAGCAUUGACAGACUUUCCAACAUGACGAUGGAGGACCGGCCGUUGCCUGCCAACUAG